GAAAAAUAAAAGAAAUAAAAACUCGCACUCAUUUUUCGAGGCCUUAAUGCCAGUAUAUAAGGCACCUCAAGCCCAUCACCAACAAUCACAACACACAAUAUAUCUUGUUCAACUCCAUCGAAGCUGCUCUUGUGAAGGCUAGCACGGAGGGUUGAAAAUGAGCAGACCUGGAGAUUGGAACUGCAGGACAUGCAACCACCUCAACUUUCAGAGGAGAGAGUCGUGCCAGCGAUGCGGAGAAGGAAGGAGCGGAGGCGAAUACGGCGGCUUUGGUGGCAGAGGCUUCACGACCGGACCAGAUGUUCGUCCAGGUGACUGGUACUGUAACCUUGCCAACUGUGGAGCCCACAACUUCGCCAGCCGCUCCAGCUGCUUCAAGUGCGGUGCUCUCAAGGAUGACUCCUCCGCCGCCGGCGGUAGUUACGACGCCGACAUCCCCAGAAUGAGGGGCUAUGGCUACGGUACCAGCUCCAGCCGCCCUGGCUGGAAAUCCGGUGACUGGAUAUGCAGCAGGUCCGGAUGCAACGAGCACAACUUCGCUAAUAGAAUGGAGUGUUAUCGGUGCAAUGCACCUCGGGACUCUAGCAGCGGCAGGAAUCCAUAUUCAUCAUAGAAAUAUCUGACAUGGCUGGCUGUGUCCAAGAGGAAGAGAAUUGAUGAAAGGCUAUCCUGUCAGCGAUAGCUACCUUUUUUUUUUUUUUUUUUGGGGUCCCCACCCUAUAUGUCACUCUGGCUAUUUAAUUUUUCCCUCUUAAAAUUUCUAUUUUCUAGCUAGGAAGAAGCUUUUGAAGAAGAAUUAUCUCUCAUUUUGAGUUUGGUUGGCGUUGAGUAUUUCUGGCAUGACUCAGCAGCUAGCUUUGGCCAUGUACUUCUAGUGUUAUCAAUCUAAUAUCAGUGUUUAUGUAUGCUUUUGAAGUUUA